UGACACUUCAUAAAAAAAAUAUAAACAUUUCGUCAAGUGAAAAUAAUAAAAAUAUGAGUCAUAUUUAGUAAUAAAUUUCACUGAGCAGCUAAUAACAAUAAGAAUAUCAAAACUGCAAGUUCGUAGUGAAAAACAGCACUUACAAAAUAAUCUGGGCACUUCUAGUGUUGCCCCAACCACUAAAUUAAUUAACAUAAAUAUUAUUAUAAAAAUGGAGUGGCUAUUUGGAAAAAAGUUAACACCCGAAGAAAUGCUUCGCAAAAACCAAAGGGCGUUGAACAAGGCCAUGAGAGACUUGGACAGAGAAAAGCAAAAAAUGGAACAGCAAGAGAAAAAAGUCAUUAAUGAUAUAAAGAAGCUGGCUAAGGAGGGCCAAAUGGAUGCUGUUAAAAUUAUGGCAAAAGACUUGGUAAGAACCAGACGCUACGUCAAGAAAUUCAUGCUCAUGAAGGCCAACAUUCAGGCUGUUUCCUUGAAAAUUCAAACUUUACGCUCUCAAAAUGCCAUGGCGCAAGCAAUGAAAGGUGUCACUAGAGCUAUGGCAAGCAUGAACAGACAAUUAAACCUUCCACAAAUCCAAAGGAUAUUGCAAGAGUUUGAGAAACAGUCGGAAAUCAUGGAUAUGAAAGAGGAAAUCAUGAAUGAUGCCAUUGACGAUGCUAUGGAAGGGGAUGACGAUGAAGAAGAAAGUGAUGCAGUCGUAAAUCAAGUGCUGGAUGAACUUGGUCUUCAAUUAACCGAUACAUUAUCCGGUUUGCCUCAGACAGCUGGAGCACUACCUGCAGGGAGUAAGCAACCUGCUGCAGCAGCAGCAGUUGCAGGUGGUAAUGGUGGGGUCUCAGAUGCAGAUGCUGAUCUUCAAGCGAGACUAGAUAAUUUAAGGAGAGAGUGAUAUUAUUAAAAAAAAUAUACUGUUAUUUAAUGCUUGCUUGUAUUCUAAAAGUAUGUAUAUCAUAUCGUUAUAUAAAAUUAUACAAAAAAAGUCAAAUACACAAUUUCUUACUACAUGUUACAAUGUAUUAUAGAUUAAAAGUUCUAAACAAAAAUAUAUGUAUGUAUUUAGGGGCUUCAGUAUGUUUUUUAUAAUUUUUUUCUCUAGAGUAUAGAUUUUUACAUGUUAUGCCUAAAAAUAUACAAACUAAGGAAUUAA